UCAUGACAUCACCGCUGGACAAAGCGGCAAGGAGUGGUUUCACAGAGACGAUCCAAAACCAAACGAUAGGAAAUAAAGAGUGGUACAUUGUGGCAGAUAAGUAGACAACCGGAGUAGUUGCACACUUUAGAUCCCAUUUUGGAUAUCCCGGCUGUUGGCUUCGGUCAGAGAAGUGUUGAGAGUGACACGUUGCUGCGAACUGUUCCCCAAAAUAAGAUCAACCGCAAGUAUCACUGCCGCUGGAUGGUUGCUGAUCCUAAACUUUUGCUCCUCUAUCAUGCUCUGCAUCUGAGGCCCCACGAGGCCCACGGCUCCCAGUCUCCCUUAAGGACCAUGCUGUCCCUCCUGCUGCUCUCCCUGCUGGUGGUCCGGUCUCGGGCCAUGCAGGUGCACGUGCCCGAGCUGCCGGUGGUCGCCCUGCAGGGCCACGACACCGUCCUCAACUGCACCUUCAGCGGCACGGCGCCCUUCUCCCCCUCCGACAUCAGCGUGUUCUGGCAGCUGACGGACACCAAGCGCAGCGUGCACGGCUACUGGGACGGCCGGGACCAGCUGGUGGACCAGGCCGAGGCCUUCUCCGGCCGCACCGCCCUGCCCCCCGAGCGGCUGCGCCACGGCGACGCCUCGCUGCUCCUGCGGCGGGUGGAGGUGGCGGACGAGGGCAGCUACACCUGCUUCGUCAGGGUGCAGAACUACAGCAGCUCCGCCCUGCUGCUGCAGGUGGCCGCCGCAUAUUCCAACCCAGCGGUGACCCUGCCCCCGGACUCGAACCUGCGGCCAGGCGACGAGAUGGACCUGAGCUGCGUGUCGUACGGCGGCUACCCGGAGGCCGAGGUGCUGCAGGACGGGGGCGGACGCAACCUGACGGACAACGUCACCAGCUCGCUGGUGGCCAAUGAGGACGGGCUGUUCAGCGUCCACAGCGUGCUGAGCAUCAUCCUGGUGCCCAACAGCACCUACACCUGCCGCCUCAACAACCCGGUGCUGGGGGACCAAGGGCACAUGUCGGUCACCAUCACUGGUCAGAAUAUGGCGUUCCCCCCGGUGGCUUUGUGGGUGACGGUGGGUCUGGCCGUCUGUCUGCUGGCGCUGCUCAUCGCUCUGGCUGCCGUCUGCCGACGGAAGAUCAAAGAGAGCUGUGAGGAGGCCAGGAGAGAAGCUGAGGAGUCCAAGGAGCUAGAAGAGGAGGGGUCAAAGACAGCCAUGAUGCCUCUGAAAAGCGAAAGUCCCCCGAGCUAAGGAUGUGGUCCAAGAGGACAGGAAGCAGAUGAGUCUGGAGACUAAUCCCUCCCAUCCUGUCAAUCCCCUUGGACACCGUCUCCCCCCCCCCGGUCUCUCCCACCAUGUCAAAGCCUCGCUGGGCAGGAGAGACUCCAUCAUGGUAUCGCCGUCAGAGACUUACCCCCUGGAUUCCCAAAACACAACACAGAAUUUGUACAAUCCUUUCAUAAUUUGUCGUAGUAGUAUUACAUCCCUCCCCCUGUCCGUCGCUCGAUCAAUGUGCGCCGCCUCCCCGAAACAAACAGGGAGGGCAAACGUCUUGUGUGCGACGCAACGUACCAAAGACAAACUCUCUUUGGAUCUGGAUUCAAACUGGAUCGGGCGGGCACUACUUCUUGCCUCCCCGGUUCAGACAUGGCUCUCUGUAAGUGUGUGAUGUGGCAUGUGCUUGACUUCCCCCUGCUUAAUAGGAAACGAGGAGCAUGAAGGAUGAUGACCCGGGCCUUGGCGGCCGUCACGAACGUCUCCGCCGGUAACGGAGCGCUUCUCCGCCAUUACUCCCGCGGCGGCUAAUUAGCUUCUGUCGCCCAAGUAACUUGAAGCUGUCAGUGUGCGCCUUCGCCCGCCGUGCUCGAUAACUAGAGGGAAUUAGUGUAGGACUGCCGGCAGACCGCUAGCGAAAUUGCGAAUGUUGCAUGAGAUGCGUGUCUUUCUCCACUGAGCUGCCAGCGCUGUGUGUAAGAAGUGUUGUUUUUUUUAGGAAUGGUGUUGUUGGUUAUGUGUCCACGUUGGGAUGUUUUUUAUCAACUUAGAGGUUGUUGUUAUGCGUCAUGUUAGUAACUGAACAAUGCCCAGUGCCUAAACGUCGUGUUCAUGUCAAAGACUGUUGUUAUUUCUCUAAAAUAAUAGUGCCUAUUUGCAUUAAAAAGACAAGGUAACACCG